ACUCAGAGCGAGCGCGGACACCGAGCACCGGAGAACCGACAGCAUGGCCUCGUCUCAGGGGAAGAGCGAACUCCGUUAUGCGGACUGGAUGUCUAGUUUACCGGACACCUUGCACGGUAUUCCUCUUACCAACCUCGCCAUUCCGGGUUCCCAUGACUCCUUCAGUUUCUACAUUGACGAAGCCUCACCAGUGGGUCCAGAGCAACCAGAAACAGUGCAGAACUUUGUGUCUGUGUUUGGCACUGUGGCUAAGAAGCUGAUGAGGAAGUGGUUGGCAACACAAACCAUGAACUUCACCAGCCAGCUGGAGGCAGGCAUCCGCUUCUUUGACCUCCGCAUAUCCACCAAACCCAGAGACCCCGACAACGAGCUCUACUUUGCACAUGGCCUGUUCAGCGCCACAGUACGUGAAGGCCUGGAGCAGAUCAGCACCUUCCUGGCCUCUCAUGCCCGCGAGGUUGUGUUCCUGGACUUCAACCACUUCUAUGGUGUACAGAACCUCCAUCACGAGAAGCUGGUGCAGAUGCUACGCACCGUCUUCGGAGACCGACUCUGUCCAGUAGUGUUUGCUCAAGAAGUCAGCCUGAAAUACCUCUGGGAGAAAGAGUACCAGGUGCUGGUCUUCUAUCACAAUCCAAUGGCUCUGGAGGUUCCUUUCCUGUGGCCAGGUCAGAUGAUGCCUGCUCCUUGGGCCAACACCACAGAUCCUGAGAAGCUCAUUCUGUUCCUUCAAGCUUCAGUAAAGGAUCGGAGACGUAAGGGCACCUUUUUUGUGUCCCAGGUGGUUCUUACUCCAAAAGCAAGCACCGUCAUGAAGGGAGUCACCAGUGGUUUAAGGGAGACCAUUACAGAGAGGGCUCUUCCUAGCAUGAUGCAGUGGAUCCGCUCACAGCGGCCUGGGGAAAGUGGAGUAAACAUCAUCACUGCCGAUUUCGUGGAGCUGGGGGAAUUUAUCAGCGCUGUUAUCACCCUCAACUACUACUUGGAUGAUGAGGAAGAGAACGCCACCUGAACCUCCACAUAUACCGUGGUAUCGAUUACUUGCUCCCUCUCUCUUUGCCAUAUUUUUUUAAAUGUCUUAUUGAUUUUAAUAAUUUUUUCGGAUCAUAGAAACUCUGUUCAACUCUGAUAUAUUUAGGGCUAAUGAAAAGCAUAAGAAUGAGAGUAGAGGCCAGACACGGUCAGAUAGAAUCAUUUUAGGUUUUGUCUGAGAAUGAAUGGGGGCAGAUGAUAACAUAAUUUCGAAGGGGAAAAAAAGGUGACCAGCCUUUUCCUGUUUCUCUGCUUCCCAUCUGUUGGACUACUAGUUGCUGAUUCACAUGCUCAAAACCUUCUGAUCUAACAGUUCUCAUUUCAAGGAAAUAAAUAUUGUUUGUACAGUGAAUGUGAUGCUGAAUCUAUAGUAGGUUUACUUCUAGUGGUCGUAGUAACUUGUAUGAUUGUCAAAUUGUAAAUACUUGUAAACCUGUUGAAUUGUAACUUUGCUCAUCUCACUAUUUGUCAUGCCCGAAAAAAAAGAAAACAUAUGUCAAGGUUUCCUUUGGGUGCCUUGGUCUGGUCUUACAAUGUUGAUGAAGUGAACUAUUAGAUGUUUGUAUUCACAACCAAAAACUGCAAAUGUAUGUAACAGCAUUUUUGCCUUUCAACACUACUAAUUAAGGCUUUGUAUCAACUUUUUUGUAGUCGUCCUUUACUUUAUCCUACAGAUUAUUUUAUACAUAUCUGGGAAUGACAUAAAUAUUCAUUUAAUUUGCACUGCUGUGACUGUGGACUGUUAAAAGUGGCCAUCCGAGUUUGCCAAUGCAUAAAAUCCCUUAAUAAUGCAUCAUUUGCAUUCAACUGUAAACAUGCAUACAUAAACGAACACACAGGGGACGAACUCAAUGGGUGUGAACAGACUUAUUAUAACACCAUUUUCUAAUUAGCCCGACUAAUUGGAUAAAUGGCCUUGCGGAUGUUUUAAUCACACAGACGCCAGGAAAUUAAAUUUGUUUAAAAUCUGACAUUAUAAAACAAUAUGUCACGUUGCUGCUUUCUUCUUUUGUCUGUCCUGUUGAGAUUAGUCUUAAAUUGACUGGAAAUUUAAGGUUACGUGGCCCUAGAAUUUCAACUUGGAAAGUGUUUGAUUCAUGUUCAAUAAUUUGACAAUCCCAUGGCCGACCUGGAGCAUGGACUUGUGUGAAUGCAUUAAUCAUGCCUUUGUACAGUACAAAUUUGCAUGUAGUCGUCAAAGUCGAUAAAUUGUACGUAAACUUUCUAUGGUUAUAUGUCCUAAUCGAGAAUUUCUGACAAAUCUGGUGUACAAUAAAUGUAAAUACUGCA